CACUAGCAGACGGUGAAUUCGAUUUCUCAGCGCGUCCGUCUUCUCUGUGCUGUAGAUUAUUUUCCAACGUAAACCUGAGUUGAGCAUCUCCAAUCAAAUAAUUUCGUCACUUGCCUGGACUUUCCCUGAAAGUUUGGCCCAGAGAAAGCAAGGCCACCCAGCACGUGAGAAAAGUGGCUUACCAGCGUGCAAGUGCAUUUCUUAAGCAUGGCAACAGCAGUGCAUUUUGUGGUGUCUAAACUGCUGUGGCCCUUGUGGAGAAAAGCUGAGAACGACGAUGAUGAGAAGUUUGGUGCAGCUACUGAGGAGAUCCAGCAGAUACGUGGAGGUGUGGUGACUCGCCUGUGUCUGGACUAUGGGCUGAUCAAUGACACCAUCUACUUCACUUCGGGAGAGGUCCUGGGUGGGGUGCCACUGCGAGAAGGGGAUGCCGUCAACGCUAUAGCUGUCCGUGAUGGAGUUCAGGGUGGCUGGAGGGCCAUCAGGGUGGAGCGACAGACUAAUACGUGGGAGGACAUGGGUGAAGCGUCACUGGAGAAUGACUUUGAAAAGCUCAGACCCCUGGUUGGCACAGUGACAUCAUGUGACCGUGAUGGAGGGUUCAUUAAUCAGACGACCUUUUUUCCACGCUCUGCCCUGUGUGAAGGUUAUGAGCCAAUGAAGGGAGACUGGGUCCAAGCACAGUAUAUCAUCAGCGCCACCCACUGGUCCAGUCAGGCUCGUUCUGUCUCCCCGCUGCGUUAUCGCCGCCUCAACCAGGUGCGUGUGUCCAGUGUGUUUGGGAGCAGUGGCGUGGUGGAGGACAGCGUCUUCUUCAGCCUGGACUCCCUGCUGCUGCCUACUCAGUAUCGGCCCUCCCCUGGGGACCUGGUCAGCGUGGUUGUGGUGGAGAGCAGUCAGUCCUUCUACUGCUGGAGGGCUCUGUGCAUGGCCCCAUCUCACAGUGCAGGACCUGUGUUGCCCAUGCCGGGAGCAGAGCUGGAGUCUCUGUUGGAGAACAAAGAAGGCCUGGUGGUCAGCGAAAACACUGACUUUGGAGCUCUCUUUUUGGGAGAGAGCAGAGAGCUUCCGAUAUGGAUAGAGAACAAGGGCUCAGAACCCCAUCUGUUGAAGUGCUGUGAUUUUGCCGGUUGGGAUUCACAGGAGCAGUUCACCUUCAUCCUGGGCACUACUAGCCCCAUCAAUGGCAAAUCGCCCCUCCUGCAGCCUGGCAAAACGUGGCUGAUCAACGGGGGGCCCCCGGUGCCAACCAACCCCUACACAGCCUACACGCGUGCACGGAGUUCUGUGCUGGGCAGCAUCGGUGGGUACGGGCUCUGCCCGCUGCCCAUCCUCACAGGCCCGGUGGAGGAGGUCAACGCGGAGCAGCUGCGGAGAGAUGAGGUGGAUGGAGACGAUGAGGCGGGCACAGACGCCGUGUAUGAGGAGCUGCGGCAGGCCGCGGGGCAGAAGCGCGCCACACGCACCUUAGAGAGAGGCCUGGAGGUCGCGCCAGGACAGAGGGUCUCUGUCACGGUUGGCUGUCGUGGAAAGAGCCUUGGUCGCUGUGCUGAGCUACUCUUGCUGCACUUCCCCUCCUUCACCAUCGGGCGGCGCCUGGUGGUUGCGGUGAGCAGCAGAGAGGAGACGCUGCUGAUGCCCAGUGCUCCCUACAGCCCAGCGCUCCGGCAGCCGACCCAGCAGCAACCCACCACUGUGCGCACAGUCAUGGGCCCUCCACCCAUCCGGACGUCAAAAAGGCACUUGCCCAACUUCCUGGGGAGCUACCCAGUGCCACAGAUCCUGCGUGACUGCCUGGAGUUGAAGAAUGACGUUCUGGUUGUUCAACCCCAGUUGGGAGAGCCGCUGUCUAUGACCAACAUGCAGCGGCGCUUCUCCACGCUGCUGUGGCUGGACGAACUCCAUGCCGAGAACGAGCUCAGGGAGUUCAGCAUCAGUGGCGCGCUCCUCCGCAAGGGGGCCGUCCACCUGCACCUAGAGGUGCCAGGUCUGGCUGAGGGCCGACCCAACCUCUUCAUCGGCGAUAAGGUGCAUCUCAAGAAGCCUCUGAUUGGGGGUGUUGUGGUGGAGUAUAUCGGCUACGUUACAGAGAUCAAUGAGGAGGAUGUGAGUCUGAGAGUGAAUUAUGAUUUCCAUAAAGCCUACCUUGGGGAGCCUUUAGAUGUGGAAUUCAGCUUCAACAGGCUGACAAUGCGACGGUGCCACCUGGCCAUCAAUCAGGCUAAGGACUUUGGGGAGGCUGUGCUGUUCCCCAGCGUGCUGAGGCCUCAGGACCCUCAGUGGGUGGGAGAGUGGGGGCCCGAGGAGCCCCUCAGAGAUGUGGAGGAGGACGCGGACCAAGAGGUGGAAAAGGAGCAUGAUCUGGAGGACUCCGGUGUGGCGGGAGACAUGGUAUCUGUUGCCACACAGACAAAAACGGAUAGAAAACCGAAGAAGGAAGUUCCUAGUUCAGGCCAGUUCUUCAACCGCAGUCUGAACCCAGCUCAGAGGGAGGUGGUGAAGCACAUACUGGCAGGAGAUUGCCGCCCCACCCCUUACGUCCUGUUUGGGCCACCAGGGACUGGCAAGACCGUGACCCUCAUUGAGGCCAUUCUACAGGUGUACCAUCGCGUCCCCUCCAGCCGCCUGCUGGUCUGCACGCCCUCCAACAGCGCGGCCGACCUCGUCUGCAUCCGGCUGCACGACAGCGGCUUCCUCCACUCUGCCAGCCUGGCACGCGUCAAUGCCUCCUGCAGACAGGAAGAGUCGAUCCCCCAGGUGUUGCAGCAGUACUCGCGUGCAGGAGAGGACAUCCGCCACGCCUCCUUCCACAGGAUCGUGGUCAGCACCUGCUCCAGCGCUGGAAUGUUCUAUCAGAUCGGCCUGCGUGUUGGCCAUUUCACCCAUGUGUUCCUGGAUGAGGCUGGCCAAGCCACAGAGCCAGAGUGCCUGAUUCCCAUUGGCCUGCUGUCGGAGAAAGAUGGCCAGAUAGUCCUAGCUGGAGACCCAUGUCAGCUGGGCCCGGUGGUGAAGUCCAAACUGGCCUCUGUGUUUGGGCUCGGCGUGUCUCUGCUGGAGAGGUUAAUGGCCACACCCCUCUACGCAUGCGAUGAGAACGGCUACAACGCUGCUGUGGUGACCAAGCUGCUCUAUAACUACCGUUCCCAUGAGGCUCUGCUCUCUCUGCCCUCGCGGCUCUUCUACGCUGGGGACCUGUGCAUGCGGGCCCAGAGAUCUGUGGUGGACGCGCUGUGCCACUGGGGCCGGCUGCCCACCAAGCGCUUCCCCUUCAUCUUCCACGGAGUGCGGGCCACUGAGAUGCGGGAGGGAAACAACCCCUCUUGGUUUAACCCUGGUGAGGCUGUGCAGGUCAUGCUGUACUGCUGCCAGCUGGCCAAGAGACUCUAUAACCCCAUCUCCCCCACGGACAUCGGCAUCAUCGCCCCCUACAGGAAACAGGUGGAGAAGAUCCGAGUGCUGCUCCACAGGGUGGGUCUGGCAGACAUCAAAGUUGGCUCGGUGGAGGAGUUUCAAGGACAAGAGUUCCUCGUCAUCAUUUUAUCCACGGUGCGAUCCAAUGAGGCUGUGCUAGAGGAAGACCUCCAGAGCGUACUGGGGUUCCUGUCCAACCCCAAGCGCUUCAAUGUGGCCAUCACGAGAGCCAAAGCCCUGCUCAUAGUGGUGGGCAACCCCCACAUUCUCAUUAAGGACCCCUGUUUCAAUGCCCUGCUACAGUACGCAUAUGACAAUGGAGCUUUCAUUGGUUCCGAUCCCCCGGUCUCUCUCUCUGCGUCCAAAAGGGCUAACUCGGAGAAAGAAAGCUGAGCUGUACCCUGACAGGAGAGCCUUACCCUGAAAGCACUCUGCGUCACUUUUUCAAAAGUAGUACUUGUCUAUUUUGUUUAUAAAAUAAAUAAUACUCAUU